AGUAAUUUAGAUGUAGGUGACAAGAGGCCCUAGCCAGCAUUGCAGAAUCCGUGUCCCGCCGAACUGGCCUCGUUAUUCACAUUCUGCCUAAGGCGAAUGAUUACUAAUCGUCCAAUGUUUAUUUUUCUCAUAAGAUAUUGGGUAAUCGCCUUCCUUAUCGUGUUGCCAAACACAAUUUUCCACGGAGCGCUAUGUAACGGUAACAACACCUCAAAGUAAAAUGGAAAUAAAUUUACUCCUACCGUUCGCGGGAAUAUUACUAUCGUUGAUUUCAAGUAUAUCUACCGGGAUAGUCGAAAGAAAUUUGGAUCUAGAAGUUACCAAUGGAAGGACUGUUUAUAUUAGAAAAUCGCAUUUGAGAUUUGCUACAAGUCCCGGCGAAGUCUGUAAAGUACAAGUCGUACAAAACGAGCCUAUUUAUCAAAGAGUCGGCGAGUUCACACCCAAGGUGUUUGAUUGUGACUACCUCAAAAAUUCAUUAAAAUAUCAACACAAUGGAUCACCACUCUUAUCAGAAGAUUCCGUCAAAUUACGAGUUAACAGACUUCUUGUUAACGAAACUAUUCAAGAAACAUUUUACCUCAUAAUAAGAAUUAUUCACUCUGAAUGUGAUGUCAUCAAAAUUGGGAGAAGAGAACUUGUGGUUCCUGAGAUGAAUGGGGUGUCAAAUACUAUUAAUAAAGACAUUCUACAGUUCAACUACGAUCGAAUGUUCAACACAAAAUGUCAAAUUCAAAUCGAAACAACAAAAUACAAUUUUCCGCAAAUGGGACAAUUAGUCGUCAAGGCAAAACAACCAAAAGAAAAUAGGGAAUAUGAACCGACUGGUGUAAUUAUUUCAGAUUGUGAUGAUUUCUUACUGAAGGAAAUUCGUUAUCAACAUUUAGUUCCACCUACUCCUGAUGUUGACUACAUUCCUCUGCUUGUUACAAUCACAGACAAGCGAUCUCGUUACAUUUUGAAACAAGAACAACAUUGGCUUCCUGUGAGAAUAAGGGGUGCAUUCCCAAAUGAAGUACCCAGGCCAAGCUACAGUAACAUAAAUAUUUUAGAGGUUGAUCAAUUUGUUACAACUAACAUACUCUCAAUGACAAUGUCAGCCUCGGACUUAGAGACAGAUAAUGACAAAUUGAUAUUCAACAUCACCAGACCUCCGAAAAAAGGUUUCAUCACACAUCUAAAUGAUGAAUCAAAACCUGUGGAAUCUUUUUAUCAAAAAGAUAUUGGUGCUCUAAAGAUCGCUUAUCAACCUCCAAAUACCAGUUUCUCAGAACGAGAAACUUUCAUUGUCGAGUUCAGAGUGUAUGACAGUCAAUUUGGUGUCAGUCAAAUCAUACAGGUUAUGCUUUCUGUUCGAGUAUCACACACAACAGCCCCAAGAAUAUCUUGGAACAUGGGUCUUACUAUGUUGGAAGGACAAUCAAGAUGUAUUAACAAAGAUUGUUUGCAAAUUAUGGACAGUGAUUCAAUAAGCUCUGUUAGAAUCACACUUGCAGGAGGAUUACAACAUGGUAGAUUAUAUGUUGAUAAUAAACCAGGUUAUUCAUUCUCCUGGUCUGAUAUUGAAAGUAACAAAGUUAUUUACAAACAUGAUGAUUCCGAUACAACUCGUGAUUACAUCAUGUUUCAAGUUUCUGAUGGAUUUCAUAGCACAAGAUUCAAGUUGCCAGUUGAAAUUUUACCAAAAGAUGAUUCUCCCCCUGUUCUUGUAAACAAUAUUGUAUUUGAAGUGGCAGAAGGCCAGAUUAUCAGCAUUUAUCAUUUCAUGUUGGAAGCAUAUGAUCAAGAUUCCAGUUCUGACUAUAUCAAGUUUAAUAUCACCAGUCCACCAAAAGCUGGUCAGAUUAUGAAAAUACGUCAAGGAGAAAGAGCUGGAUGGGAAGUACAGAAGUUUGAUCAAAAAGAUCUCAAUGAGGGAAAUAUCUAUUACAAACAUAUGGGAGAUGAGGCAUUUGACGAUUCAUUUGAUUUUGUUCUUAUGGACAGUCAUAAACCUUAUCCAAAUAUUUCACCAACCCAAACCGUGUCUGUGAAAAUCACACCGGUAGAUGAUCAACCACCAAAACCCAUACCCGGUAUUACAAGAUCUCUAACAAUAAAUGAAACAGAUGUUGCAUUCAUCACCCCAGAGAUGUUGUCUUACAUUGAUGAGGAAAAUCUAAAUUCAGAGAUCAAAUAUAUUCUUACUACUGAAGUUGAAUUGUUAUCUGCCUUAGAUAAUAACAAUGAACAUAAUAAUAAAACUGAUGCUGGUCAUUUGUUUUAUGCUGAUGAUAUGAUAAUGCUCAUGAAAGCACCUUCUGUACCCAAACUGAAAAUGUUCUCACAACAUGCAGUGAAUCAUAAUAAAGUGGUUUAUAUGCCACCAAUGCAAGAUAUUGGUUUGUCUCCUAUGGAUGUUCAUUUUGAAUAUUCAGUAACUGAUGAACAUGGAACAACUCUCACUGGAGAACAAUUUUUUAUUACUGUUUUGCCGGUUGAUAAUCAGUCACCAACAUUGUCAGUGAAGAAACUAAAAGUCCAGGAAGGAGGGACAGUUGUUUUAUCUGUCAGAAGUAUUCAAUUAAAAGAUGUUGAUACAGAAAUAAACCAACUGAAAUUUAUUCUGAACAAAUCUCCUAAGAAUGGAUUUGUUGAAAAAUAUGGAAAGAUGAUGACAGUUGGAGAUACUUUUGCAUAUCCUGAUAUUGAUGAAUUUGGGAUUUUAUAUACUCACAAUGGACAAGAGGCUUUUACUGAUAUGUUUGAGCUGAUUGCAACUGAUGGAUUUCAGAAUUCAACACUUGCUGUUGUUGACAUUACAAUUCUACCUGUGGAUGAUGAACGGCCAGUAUUUGGACAAUCGACCAAGUUGCGUGUAAAUGAAAGUGGUUCUGCCAUCAUUACAUCUAAUCAUCUUCGUGCAACUGAUCUUGAUACUGAUGAUCAAAAACUUAUAUUUCAAAUAGCUGGUUUACCGCAAUUUGGCAAAGUUCUUGUUGAUGAAGAGGAAUCUGUUUCUUUUACUCAACAAGAUGUUAUUGAGAACAGAGUAAAAUAUCAACACAAUGGAAAUGAGAUUGGCUACACACCUACUCAUGAUAUUGUUUCAUUUAUUGUAUUCGACAAGGAUAUGAACUACGAAGACUCACUUGAGAGCCUAUAUACCGGUGAUGAUCUGUAUGAAAACGGCCCUAUGGAGACACUAGACCUGAAUAUAACAAUAUAUCCCGUUAAUGAUAGACCUCCAAAUAUUAUCCUCGGGAGUGCAAUCUUUAACUGUGAUGAGGGAGGAAGACAUGAACUUACGCCAGAGCACUUAUGGGCGAAUGAUUUGGACACACCACAAGAAAAUUUAGUUUUCAAAAUUUCUCCACCUGAAUUUGGCAGAAUAGAAGACAAUACACCAAGGGAAGGUUAUGAAAAACAAAUCAGUGUUCCAGUUACCUCAUUCACUUUACAGAAACUUCAGUCUGGCAAUAUAUUUUAUGUUCAAUCAAAACAUCGAGGAAUUGAACCAACAGCUGAUACUUUUUUAGUUCAUGUUUCAGAUGGAAAACAUCAGUCUGCAGAGAUACCAUUUCUAAUUGCCAUUGUUCCAACCAAUGAUGAAUUACCAGAAGUUCGAGUUAGUAAUUUUUCUUGUGGUGAAGGCGGCAUGUUCUCACUAUCUGAAUCUGUUUUAAGUAUUGUGGAUCUGGAUAUCCCAGCAGAUGAGGUAAUGAUAUCUGUUGAAUCCCCACCAACCCAUGGUAUGUUAAUAGAUGAAAUGGAACUGCAGAGAGCAAAAAGAUCAAGUAAAAGAGCCGCAAACAAAAACAGUUUGAUGAAUGAAAUGGAACAUGUUUCAGAAUUUUCUUUGAAUGACUGGUCUAACCAUAGAAUUCAACCAGCAUAUGUACAUGAUGGAUCAGAAACUGCUAACGACAAUUUUCAACUUAAAGUUAGUGAUGGAAAAAAUGUACUCAUGAAAGAAAUGGGAGUGAAUGUUGUUCUUGUCAAUGAUGAAAAACCAGCGAUUGUAACAAACAAAGGAUUGACUUUGGAACUUGGUGACACAGAAGUUUUAAGCAAUGUCGUUCUGUAUUCAACUGAUGCCGAUUCAUCAAAAACAGAAUUAUUUUAUAUUUUGCAUUCUAUUCCAACCCAAGGAAAACUUCAAGUGAGAACACCAGCCACAGAUGAAUGGACUAAUCUUCAAGUUGGUGAUUCCUUUACCGAGGAAGAUGUUUCGAAUAACUGGGUUCAAUAUGUACAUUCUAAUGUCUUCUCAACAAAAGGCAGAGAUUCAUUCCGUUUUUCUGUUACUGAUGGUUCUUGGACAACAAAACGACAAAAUUUUGAAAUCACAAUCAAACAUAAAGAAAAAAGUACUGUUCAUGUUGUUACUAAUCCUGCCACAGUUGAUGAAGGAAAUAGGUUUUAUAUUACGACUGAUAUAUUGAGUGCGAAAGAUGGAUUCGAUCGACCUGAAGACAUAAGCUAUGAAAUUAUAUCAGAUCCAAUGUUGGGACAGGUUGAACAUAUCAGUGAUUUUUAUACCCCGAUCAAAUUGUUUACACAAUUAGAUUUGAUGGCUCGAAAGAUUGUUUAUCGUCACAUGAGCUUGGAUGAUUCCGUACUUGAUUCAUUUACAGUCGCAGCCAGUAAUGGUAUUAAUACAAAAGAAGCGGUUGUGACUGUACAAAUUGAAACUGUGGACGAUAUGUUGCCCCUUUUAGUUCUUUUUGCAGCAAGAGUGAAUAGAAAUGAAAAUUCAUACUUGACUGUAUUCAGAGGAUCUUCAGUUACUAUCAAUAUAAUGACGAUUUUAAUUUCUGAUAACGAUACACCAAAAAAUCGCGUUCGAAUCGUUAUUACAUCGUUUCCUGAGCAUGGGAAUCUUAUUUUGAAUGGUGAAACCCUAUCAAGCAAUGGAACAUUCGAAGUAACUCAGCUACAACUUCAAAAUUCUGACCUCAUGUAUGAGAACAAUGGCGACAUGAGUGAAAUUGAUAGAUUUUCGUUCAUUGUUACUGAUGGUGUACAUGAGGGAUACAUGAUUGAUGAUGUAUUAACGCUUGAACCAUCGGUUUUCAAUAUAAAAGUUGAACAGAUUGACGACACACCUCCAUCAGUUACCUACAAUAUUCCAACACGUUCCAUUAAUCCAUAUCCAUAUGGCAGCAGUUCUUCACGAUAUGCAGUUUUUAUAAGCGCUGGAUGUUUGGCUGUUUCUGAUGGUCUGAGAUCAGAUCAUGAUGAAGAAAUUCUAUUUUCAGUUACCGAACCUCCUCUAUAUGGGAUGAUACAGAAGCUUGGUGAAAACUCAAAAUUGAUGAAUGUGACGGAAUUCACCAUGGGAGAAGUAUCUGCUAGGAAAGUGUUGUACAUGAUUGAUGGAAAAUUGAACGUUACAAAUGAUAGUUUUGUAUUCGACAUUCAAGAUGAUUGGGGUAAUGUUUUAAUGGGAACUAGAUUUUCAAUGUCAUGGAGCAGAAUCGAAUUAGUAGAGAAAGAAUUGACAGUUUGUGAAGGAGUAAAUGAUGCGAACAUUACGAUAAGAAGAUACGGCGAAGUUUUAUUAUCAUCAUUUAUCGGAGUUAAAACUAUCAAUAUUAAUUCCGAUGGUGCAUACUAUGACUUUGUUCCAAGUACUGCAAAACAAGUUCAAUUUGACUCACAUGUUAGAUCGAAAGCGUGGACUUUCCGAGUAGUUGACGACAGAGUUCGUGAAAGGAAAGAGAAAUUCAAAAUCGUCCUGCAUUCACCUGUUGAUUCUGUAUUGGAGCCACUAAGUAAAGAAGUCACAGUUACGAUAUUAGAUGCAAGAAUUAGGAAGUGUAACCAGAAUUCAACAACAAUAGCAAAACCGAGAAAAUCAUCCUCAAAGAAAAAAAACAAAAAAUCCAAGAAUAGAAAGAGGAAAUCUAAGAAAAGAAGAAGGAAUGCCAAGAAACGAAAUAAAAAGAAAUCCAAGAAACCUGUUAAAGAUGAACCAUCUUCAUCAACAUCAAAGCGAUCCAGCAAAAAAAAGAAAAAAUAUGGAAAACUGGGACAACCUGUUACGGUGGCUCCAGAUACUUACUCAAGCAAUAAAACUCAUAGAAUAUGGAAGUAUCAUGGUUUAAUACCAAUUACAAUUGAUGAAGAAGAUGAAGAGGUGGAAGAAAAACAACCAAAAGGAGGAGGUGAAUUCAAUCAAUUCAUACUUACUUAUGUCAAACAGUACUUCCAACCUUCAUCAAAAGAUGACAUACCCAAUGAUGAAUUAAUAAAUGAUGAACCUCAUAUGGAAAAUAGGAAGAAUUUGAACAAAGAUUCCUUUGAGGCUGAGCUGCUUCACCGACCUGAUAUUCCUAUACCUCCUGAUAUACCAAGACCCCAGCAUGUACCUCGCACAUGUUCUAUUUAUAUGUUCGAUAGACUGUAUUAUGAUCCAAUGGCCAAAUCAUUAAUGAGAUGUAAUGGUGCAUCAUGGGUUCCAUGGUCACCAUCAAAAUCGAAGGCUACAACUCCAUUGAAAUUGUCAGAGUGUGAAAAAGAUUGGCACAAGUAUGAAUCUAGAUGCUUCUACAUUCAUAUUGGGGAUGAAAGUGGGCAUUCAUGGAAUUCUGCACAGAGAUCAUGCAGAGAAGUACAUGGUGCUCAAUUAGCAACAAUAUCAUCAAAGAAACAUAUGGAUUGGUUGAGAAAAAAAAGUGGAAAACAAAUGUUGUGGAUUGGGCUGAACAAAAAACUCAGUGACGACUGGCAAUGGACAGGGGGUGAUGCGGUAGAAUUUACAAACUGGAAAGGAGGAUAUCAAAAACAACUAAACAAACCUGGUAAAAUGAAAUCAAAUAAUGCAGAUUGCGCAAUGAUUGCAGAAAGAAAGAGAUGGAUUCCGAAGGAUUGUUCCUUACAAAUUAACAGCGCUGGUUAUGUUUGUAUGACAGAAAUGCUUUCUUAGUUGGAAAGGUGUAUCAA